AUGUCCUCACCACAAACAUUCUUCAUCACAGGAGCUUCCGGCUCCCAAGGCGGUGCUGUAGCACGCAAACUCCUAGCAUCAGGCCACAAAUUCCAGGCUCUAGUCCGAGACCCUUCCAAACCCAGCUCCCUCGCUCUCCAGAAGCUAGGCGCAACACUCAUCCACGGCGAUUACGAUGACAUCCCCGCACUACAAAAAGCAGCAACCGGAUGCACCGGUGUCUUUAUCCUUCCCGUGCCCACGCAAACGCCAGGCCAAGAGUUAGAGCACACGCAGAACAUCAUCGCGGCGGCGAAAGCGGCGGGUAUCAAGCACGCUGUGUGCUCCACCGUCACGCGCGCAGAAGAGAGUGACCGGUUCUCGUUCACCGUUCCAGAAAAUGUCCCCGUGACCAAGUAUUGGGAGUCGAAAAGGGGUCUCCAGGCUGCGGUUCAGAAUGCUGGGUUUGAGACUUGGACGAUACUGCAGCCUGCUUGGAUUAUGAAGAAUUGGAUUGCGCCUGUGUCGCACUUCUAUUUCGCCGAGUUGAAGGGGGAGAAGGUGCUUGUUACUGCUUUUGCGCAGGAUACGAAGAUCGAUUUCACGGCUGCGGAGGAUGUGGGGAGCUUUGCGGUCAAGGCGCUUACGGAGAAGGACAGUGGGCUGGAAGGGAAGAUUGUGCCGAUUGCAAGUGAGGGGUUGACGAUUGGAGAGAGUGCUGAUGUUAUGAGUGAGGUUUCUGGGGUUAAGAUUGGGUGGAAGCUUAAGAGCGAGGAGGAUAUUGAGAAGGAGAAGAACGUCAAUCCGAAGGUUGCGACGCAGCUUUGGCAGAGGUAUGAUGGCACUAGGGUUGAUAUUGAGCAAGUGAAGAGUUAUGGGAUUCCAUUAACUUCGUUCAAGCAGUUCUUGGAGAACAAUAAAGAGCAGUUACUUGCAGCUGUUCAAGAUUAG